CGCUUGAUAUAGUCCAUGUUUUGAGUUUGGUAAAGCAACUCGAACCGCAAAAGUGGCUUUCUGGGGUUUGUUUUUUUGUCCCGGAGUGUCAUUUCCGUGAACGAUUUAUAUUUAAUGGACAUUUUCGCGGAAAGUUUCGCUUGCGGGUGGUCGCCAUGUGGACUGUUGGAGCGCUUGUUUUAGUGCUAAUAUCCUCGAUACCAAAGUGUUCUACCGAAGAAAUCAACUACGAGUCCUUGGCAAGCAGCCUAAUAUUCAGCAAACAAGAUGACUACACAUCUCUUCUUCGACAAGUUCAAAACUUUACCUGGAAUUUCGAUACAUCCCGAAAAAUAUACACAAGAAAUUACGGAGACGACACGAAUCCAGUCAGCAAACUCAGGAACCUAACCGUCACACUGUGCCAGGAACUCAAAUCGAUCCCACACGAAAAUAUCACCCAACCCCGAUUACGACGUCAAGUGAAAUUGCUAAGUGAUCUCCAGAUAAAUGGCCUGGAAGAGAAUGACUACCAUAGAGCUCAAGAUCUCCUUAGAGGUCUCGCUAAUUUGGUGAAGACCGCAAAAGUAUGUUCCUAUAGGAAUCAAACGGACUGCUCACUGUCCUAUCUACCACAUAUCAAUGACUGUAUUAUCCGGACAAAAACUUCAAGUGAAAUGGAGUAUUAUUGGAUAGAGUGGCGUCAAGCGAUCAAGUCUCGAUCUCGACGAUUUCUUGAGGAAUAUAUUGAACUUUAUAGAAAGGCGGCCUUGUUGAAUGGACACAUAACACCAUCACGAACCUGGUACCUAUAUUAUGAAGACGAUUUGUUAAGCGAACUCACAGAAGUUAUGGAAGAGCUAAAACCACUUUAUACUGAGUUUCACGCCUAUGUUCGGCAUCAUUUACGUCACGAAUAUGGAGAGGAGAAAAUAUCAGAUGAUGGUCCAAUCCCAGAGCAUUUUAUUGAGCAGGUUCUGCUCCAUGCCUGGAGACAGCAUAGUGCCAUUGAUACACCGUAUCCGGAGAAACACUUACCUAACGUCAAGGAAAGUAUGAAUCGGCUCAGAUAUAAUAUUCAAAAAGUAAUUCUUGUAGCGGAAGAUUUCUAUGUAUCUUUGGGAUUCGAAGAACUGUCUAGCACAUUCUGGACCGAGCACAUGUUAAAGAUUCCGGAAGAUGCGGAUGACCACGAUUGUAAAUCGAAAGUUUAUGAUCUCUAUCCGGAGGUCGGUCUACGCUAUUGUACAAAAAUCGAUUUCCGUAAAUUGAUGCAAAUGCACGGUACCAUGGCGACCGUUUUCUAUAAUUUACAAAAGAAUUCAUUACCAAUUGGCGUAGAUAGAGAGGCAUUUCCGGGCUUUGGUAAUAUAAUUGGAGAGGCGGUAAUUUUAUCGGCAUCAACCCCUCGACAUCUUGAAAAUGUCGGAUUAAUUGAGAAUUAUUCUGUUGACAAGGAAUUGAAUUUGAAUCGACUUUUUCGGUUGGGGACACAUACCCUUCUGUCGAUACCAAUGUAUUUUGUGAAUGAAAAGUUUUGGGUUGACGCAUUGGAUCAUCGAAUUAGGGCGGAGGAUUACAAUUGCGAAUACUGGAAAAUUAAGCAGGAAUACGCGGGAGUGGAGCCUCCGGAGAAAAGAACCGAACAGACCCUGGAUCCUGGCUAUCGAUUUUACUUGGGCCUGGAUGAUGCUCGAUCCAGUACAAUCAAGCUCCUUUCGGAAUUAAUGGGAUACCAAAUCUACAAGGGACUGUGCCUGAAAACCGGACAAUAUAUUCCCGGCGAUCCGAACUAUCCGUUACAUAAUUGUGAUUUCUACAAAGAGCGACAAGCUGGAGAUAUCCUAAAGAAAAUAAUGUCAUCGGGCGCUACAAAAUCGUGGCGUGAAUUGCUAGAAAUGGCUACAGGCGAAACGAAACUCUCAGCGAAACCCAUUUUGGAGUUUUACGAACCGCUUUAUACUUGGCUUAAGGAUUUUAAUGCAAAUAACGAUAUUAAUGUCGGCUGGGAUAUAACAGAAAAGUGCGAAAAAGACGGAUGAGGAUGUUGAUAUCCAUUAUAUGGUUCUAGACGUCUGCAUGGGUCUUUAUUUGAACAGGAAAGGGUGAUUUUUUACAGGUUUACGGAGUUAAGGCGGUUGUUAGGGAUUUAAGAUGUAAUCAUUGUAUUUAUGUAAUUAUGUUAUGAAUAAUAUAUUUGAAAUAACAAUUC